CUCAGCGGAGCGUCACGUCAUUCCGCUGCGACGGAGUGUUUUGAGUGAUGGCGUCGGCAGAAGAUUUGGCAGCGGACGAGCGCAGCUCCGAACAAGACGCAGAACUCGACAGGCUGCUGGACAGUGCACUGCAUGAUUUUGACAAGAUGCCGGCGCCUCCUCCAGCCCCAAAAAAUGAAGCUGCUUCAUCUGUAGACAGCGGCACACAAAAGCCGCCCCUGCUAGAAGACUGUAAACUCUUUGAGAGUCUCCUAGAGGGGGACAUGGCCACCCAGGCCAAGGAGGAGUGGGAGAAGGCCAUGAACGAGCUGGCCCAGGAGCCAGAAUUACUGCAGCACUUCCAGAAACUGUCAGAGGCCGCAGGCAAAGUUGGUACUGACUCCGCCUCCCAACAGGAAUUCACUUCCUGUCUUAAAGAAACACUCCGCGGCCUGGCCAGAAAUGCAGACAACCUGCAGGUGGAUGAAUCUUCAGGACUAGCUGGAGAUGAUCUUGUCAAAGCUCUGGAAGGUCUUGGAUUGGAUGAGAGCGCUGAAGGGGGCGGUGAUGAUGGGAACAUUCUGCAGUCUAUCAUGCAGAACCUGCUGUCUAAAGAAGUGCUCUAUCCAUCUCUUAAAGAGAUCACCACCAAGUACCCAGAGUGGCUGGACGCCAACAGGGCGAGCCUGAGCCCUGAGGACUAUCAGCGCUACGAGCAGCAGGCCAGAGUCAUGGGUGACAUUUGUAAGCACUUUGAGAGGGAGGAUGAAGGAGCAGCGGAUAAAGAGAACACGUUUGAGGCCGUCAUGGACCUGAUGCAGCAGCUGCAGGACCUCGGCCAGCCACCCAAAGAACUAGCAGGGGAUGCACCUCCUGGUUUAAACUUUGACACGGAGUCACUCAACCUCCCAGGGGGCCCGGGGGCCGGGCCAGCCGAGGAGUGCUUGAUCAUGUGACACACCGGAGUCGCAGUUCAACAGGAACGAAGGUCGCUGUGUGUGCGUCAGUGAGGCGUGGGGGUGGGGUGGAUGAAGCAGAGACAGCGGACACGGUUCUCCCUCAGGCAGAAGACAUGCGGACGGCAGAAAGAACAAAACUUAAAACGCUCCCCUCCUCGUGUCACUACACUCACAUCUGAGAAGAUUUUAAGGCCUCUGCUCCCAUUGGUCUGCGUCCGGCGCUGCUCCUUCACGGUUUGCCGUCUGCUCUGUGUUGUUUUUAAACAUCCUGUUUAACCCUCGCUGUAAAAAUCUAUGAGACCAGUUAACGAGUGUAAAUGGUGCCUUUGCAUAACGGUUAUUUUUAUAUGUCUCACAUAAGAUGAAGAUGAUCUCAACAUUCUGCACCAGAAGUUCCAAUUUUAACCCGACGUAAAGUAUUAACAUCACCUCAGACAGACACACAGUCACAUGAUUAAUAUCUACAUAAUCAUUCAAAACCACUCGUGAUCAUUGAUGAGUCUCCAGCGCCUCGUCUUCUCUUGAACGCUCUUCAUCUUCCCCUGGUCUUGAUCUGGUGGAAGCUGCCUUUGCCGUGGUUCCAGUGUCCCGUGUAGUUCCUGUGCAGAGUGCUUCCCCUGUGAGUCCCCGUCUGUGGUGCAGGGUUCCUGCAGGACCUCUUUCAUCCAGGAGAUUCCAACCUCACAGAACGUAUCCUCUGUGCACCAACAGGAUGCCUGAAGUAACGGCUUCAUGGUACCGAUUUGGUGGCGGCUGCUGUGCGUGCGUUUGUGCGUGCGUGCGUGCGUGCUCUAGCAGCCACUUUGAUAGUUGUUUUUUUGUUUUUUUUAUUGUUUUCUUCAGUUGGAGGACGACGUUUGACUGGCUUCAGAGUAACGUGAACGUGAGCUCGGAUUGAGGAGCUGCUGUCAAACAGGAGGUUGUGGAGUCUGUUUUCGUUGUACUUCAUAGGUGAAUUAAAGUAAUGAUGUCAUUCAAAUGAAUCUGUCUCAUGUCAUCACUACUUUGUAAGAGAACAUACAGCAUGGAGCAGGUAGCUCAUUGGGGUAGUUGGACUGCCAUUUUGUAGAACUGGGUUCGAUUCCCCGCCUUAUUUCC